CAAGAGUUUACACAGCAGCAACACACGUCCCUUUGACUCCCCUUCUAUCACAGACUUUUGGAUUUUGUACAAGCUGGUCUGCAGACAUGUCGGUGGAGAUCAGAGAUGACCUCAGCCCCCCUGAGAUUAAUUUCAUUAAGAAAAGCCAAACAAAAAUACAGGAUGCACUGAAAAUACAUGACAUUUACUGUCCUGAGAACAUGGUUCCUCGUGUGGCACUGUUGGGUUCUGGGGGUGGCCAAAGGGCCUACAUCGGCUUCCUUGGUGUUAUGCGGCAGUUGGGAAAAGAAGAUCUCCUAGGAUGCAUGCAGUAUGUGGCCGGAGUCUCUGGAUCCACAUGGUGCAUGUCCUCAUUGUAUCAAGACCCACAGUGGACACAGCAUGCAGAGGAGGCUGCAAAUGCAGCACUGUUGAGCAUGUCUAACAAGAACAGUGUGUCAUUCCAUGAUGGUGUCCAGUGGUUCAAGCAGAGAUAUGCGGAAGGAGAUUUUUCCCUCUCUGAUGUGUGGGGGGUGUUUACUUGCAGAAUAAAGGGUGUAUCUCUGGAGCAGGAGUGUCGACCUCUAGACCAAGAGGGAAAUGGAGCCCGUCUGUACCCACUCUACAGUGCAAUGGAAAAACAUUGCUUUCACAAGAAACAGCAAAAAGAAAUGUGGUUUGAGUUCAGCCCCCAUGAAGUUGGCUUCCUAGAGCCUGGAGCUUACGUGAAGACAUCAUUGCUGAAGAGGGACUUUGAGGGAGGGAUAAUGCAACCUGGUCAGCCUGUGCAGAGGAAGCCAAUGGACAUGGUUCAACUGCAAGGAAUCUGUGGAUCUGCUUUGGGAGAUUUUGGCCAAAUCAAAAAAUAUAUGAAAGACGCUUUCUGGGACUGGAUCAGCUCAAUUAGUCCUGUGACUGAAAAUGCCACAAAUCCAGGAAAGAUUGACAUUCUCUAUAUACUGGCUGAUUUGAUGAAGAACUAUGCAGACCCAGAGUACAACCUCUCUGAGUUGGAAAGGCUGCAAUGUCUCCUUGGAGAGAGCUGGGAAGAUUUCAGCCCCACACUCAUGCUUGUAGAGCAUCAGAGCUGGGGAGGCAUGACUGACCAAGAGAAAGAGAAACAUGUGGAAAGCAUCCAUGAUGAAUUGAUAGCCUCAGUAGACAAAUGGGGCCACGAUCAUUCUCAAAUCGGAGGCACAGCUGGUGAUGUGUGGUGGGUCAUAAGACAUGUAAUGCCAUUGUUCAUUGGCUGGAAGUUUGGAACCGUGGCUAAUUUCCUCUACAAAUGUCAAGAUGAUGCCAUACCUAAGGACAUGAUUCAAGAGAAACAGAUGCAUCUGAUAGAUGCUGGACUCUACCUAAACUCACCAUAUCCAUCAGCCCUGAGAGCAGCCAGAUGCAUAGAUCUCAUCAUAUCCUUUGAUUUCAGUGAUGGAGACCCCUUUGAGACACUGAGAGUGACCAGUGAUUAUGCAGACAAGAACGGCCAUCCCUUCCCUAAUGUGGACUUUACACGGUUGGACCCUAAACGCCCAAAGUCCUGCUAUGUGUUUGAAGAAAAAGGCAAACCAACUGUGAUCCACAUUCCUGUCUUUAACAUGGACAACUGCAAGGAUGAAGCAGCAAUCGAAAAGGAAAGGAAGGAAUACGCAACCUUCCAGUCAACCUACCGAGACAAAACAAAGAUCAAUCACUUGGCAGAUUUGGCAGCGGAAAAUGUGACGAUGAACCAAGGAAACAUCCUGAGUGAGAUAAAAAAGGCUGUGCAGCGACACAAGCAACGGGACUUGCAGGAGGCUGCGCAGCGCCCAAAGCAAUGGGAAUUGUCAAAUCCGUUUUUGCCCUGUGUUGAAAAAUUCAACAUAUACAUACGGACCAUAGUCAGAGAUUUUUGUUCCUCGUUUUUUGUUUUUCUGUUUUUGAAGGCAAAAAAGGCCAUUAGAUGGCUAUUUUACAGUGUUAGGGGGAAUAGACACACCAAAAAACAACAUAAUUUUUAUCCUAACUAGUGCAGGGGAAGAGGUUUGUGUACUUUUGCAUUAUUUCCUUGCUACUGUAAGUAGCCAGUCAAAUGUUUUACCAAAGGUUUGACCAGUCUACAAAAGUUGAACGGGUUUAUAUAUAUAGGCUUGUUUAAACACAAAAUGUGAUUAGGGUUUGCUAGUAGCCUAGCAUACCUCUGCAAUUGUAGCGUGUUUAUUUCUCACAAGUCUGAGUUUUUUUUUUUGCAAUUCCUCAAAAUUGGGAAAUUUUUUCGCAAUUCUAUUUUUAAACCCUUGCAAAAAAAUUUUUCUCGCGCAAUUCUGAUUUGUUUUCUUUAGUAAUAUGAUGGUGCAGGAAGUUCAGCUCUAAGGGGGCGUUUCCUAAACAUACCCAGCUUACACUUGCCAUUACACCUGGACUGAGGUGUAAUGGCAAGUGUACCCUUCAGCCCCGUUCUGGCCGCCAGGUGAAUAAGGCGAAUUGGCUGUGCAUAAGUAUCGACGAACUUCCACUUUUUUCAGUGGGCAACCCCAUUUCCUGUUUGUUGUCAUUGCUGUCAAAAAGCACCUGAAGAUGAGUGCUUUAGUUGUACCAAAAUGUGUGGUCAGGCACCGAAAUUCCUGCUCUUCUUACUUUGUGCAGCCAAUGUGCACGUACUGUAGGCUGGCGUUUAGGAAAAAGGUGGAGGCUAAAAUUGCUUUUUAUAAUGACUUGAACGGCUGAGCAGAGUGGCACACAACAGUGCUCCUUAGAGCCGCACACGGUUUCAAGACGCUUAAAACACUCGUGUAGGCUUACAUUGUAUUUCUUACGUUUUGGUACAACUAAAGCCCUCAUCUUCAGGUGAUUGUUGUUGGCAGCUAUGUCAACGAACAGGAAACGGGUUUGCCCACCGUAGACAAAAACGGUUAACUAGCUACCUAGCGCAUGGAGCCAAAUGAUCAACUGUGUUGUACAUAUUAUUAUAAAUUAACAUUUAGGUAACAAUACUGUACCGUGAGUUGUACAGAUAUGUUUUACUUCUACUAAAGACAUCCUAUGCACACUUUUUACCUUAAAGUGUAAAGUGCAGGUUAACCACCACAACCAAUUACUGUGUAAAUAAAGUGCUCAAUAUGUAGGCCUAUAUAUUUAAACAUUUUCUGUCUUAAAAUGCAUUAAAAUAACAUGUAUAUUGGUCAGCAUGUUUGUUAACGUGGGUGAUGACAUCAUGUGAGAGAGUAGCAACCCAUAUUUUGCUAGAUUCCUACUGUCUACGGCUAGACUAUGGAGAAUGACGGGGAGACUGAGAAUAUUUAUGAGCCACUGUAUACCAACUCAAAUUUCUGUGUAAUA